AUGAGCUGUGUCCGGGCCAGUGACUCUAACAGUCUUUUCAAAAUCCUCCUUUUUUCUUCUCUCAGAGACAAAGUGGCCUUUAUCACAGGUGGUGGCUCUGGGAUUGGGUUCCGGAUUGCUGAGAUUUUCAUGCGGCAUGGCUGCCGCACAGUCAUCGCCAGCAGGAGCCUGCCACGAGUGUCAGCGGCUGCCAAGAAGCUGGCUGCUGCUACCGGCCAGCUGUGCCUCCCUCUAUCCAUGGAUGUCCGAGUGCCCCCAGCCAUCACAGACGCCGUCGACCAGGCACUGAGGGAAUUUGGCAAAAUUGACAUUCUUGUUAACUGUGCUGCUGGAAACUUCCUGUGUCCCGCCGGCACUUUGUCCUUUAAUGCCUUCAAGACUGUGAUGGACAUUGACACUGUCGGCACCUUCAACGUGUCCCGUGUGCUCUACGAGAAGUUCUUCAGGGACCAUGGAGGGGUGAUCGUGAACAUCACUGCAACCCUGGGCAACCGGGGUCAAGUGCUCCAGGUGCAUGCAGGCUCUGCCAAGGCUGCUGUGGAUGCGAUGACGCGGCACUUGGCUGUGGAGUGGGGUCCCCAGAACAUCCGCGUCAACAGCCUUGCCCCCGGCCCCAUUAGUGGCACGGAGGGGAUCCGGCGACUGGGUGGCCCCCACAGAGCACCAAGCUUAGCAGUCCUGGCGAGUCCUCUGCAGAGGAUGGGGAACAAGACAGACGUGGCCCACAGCGCACUCUACCUGGCCAGCCCUCUGGCCUCCUACGUGACAGGGGCUGUGCUGGUGGUGGAUGGUGGGGCAUGGUUGUCGUUCCCGAACUAUGUCCAGGGACUCGUGGAUCUCACAUCCGCUUCUGCCAAGCUCUAGAUCUCUGCCCAGCAGAGGGAAGUCAGACCACAGAGGUCAGAGGAGCACAUUUGAGCCGCCCCCCUGCCAUGACUGGUGUCCCGGUCCCCUUUACCAGGACCUGUGUGCUGGGGGACAGGCACCCCUCCACAACAACCUUGCGGACACUGGCUGGGACUGCUCCCUACCUGCCCUGGCGCAUGCACGGGGGCCUCCCCUGGGGGGCUGGUCCUUCCUCGUUCAGGGCGUGACUCCUUAGGCCCCAAGGUCAUAGAGCUUUGAGAAAUUCUAGCCCCUCCUUUGUUCAUCUGAUGGCCACUGUGGACACCUGAGACUUGUUUUUUGCCCUGUCAAUUGGGACCUGUGAGCUGGGAUGCCCGGUGGGACCCACAAGGCCCCCCCUCGCUGUGUCUGAACCACCUGUUUGCACAUGCACUGCUCCUAGAAUUGUGCCUGAAAAUCAUUUUCUUAAAACUAAUCUUUUUACUAUAAAAAUAUCUCCUCAUUGAUCUUUGCCAAAGUUUUUAGAAGGAAAAGAACAUGAUUAAAAAGAACCGCUAGUGAUCCUGUCA